UUAUCCUCGCUGAAUACUGUUUUUCAUGAAGCCAUUUGAAUAUUUUGGAUCCACUCAUUCCUAUUUAUAUCAAACUUCAACUAAUGAUGAUCAUACCAAUCAUAUUAACCACCUAUAUAAUUUUUUCAAAUAUGAUGCACAGGUGAAAGGUUGUGGAGAGGCAUCUUGUGACUCACUAUUUUCAGCACCUAUACAAGGUUACAUGUUUGGACUCUUGUCUGCCUGUCUUUCUGCACUAGCUGGUGUUUAUACAGAAUACUUGAUGAAGAAGAACAACGACACCCUGUACUGGCAGAAUGUGCAACUAUAUACGUUUGGUGCAAUCUUUAACAUGACACGGCUUAUGAUGGAUGAUUUUAGAGUUGGAUUUGAGAAUGGACCAUGGUGGCAACGUCUUCUUAAUGGAUACACUGUUACAACAUGGCUGGUUGUAUUAAACCUAGGAUCUUCUGGGUUGUUAGUUUCAUGGCUGAUGAAAUAUGCAGACAAUAUUGUGAAGGUGUAUUCAACUUCGAUGGCAAUGUUACUAACGAUGGUCGUAUCUAUAUUUCUUUUCAGUUUCAAGCCUACUGUGCAGCUUUUCUUGGGCAUUAUAAUCUGCAUGAUUUCGCUGCACAUGUACUUUGCUCCUGCUCACAAGCUCGUAGAUUUACCAGCGACAACAAAGGCGGCGUCAGACACACUCAAGGAAAUAGCUGUCGAGCCAACGGGGGAGUCAUGAUUCUGUUGCUAUGUAAGCUCAACGGAACAGGAUCUGUUAACCAAAUACUAUUCAUAUCGUAGAUGGAAUUGUUUAGAGAUGAAAGAAACAGAAGAUGUGAAUUGAAUGCGUGGUGCUUGCAAUUCCAGAUUUUAUGAAGAAGACGAGUCUAUCGGACAAGCAAAGUCCGAAUAGAUUUGCUAGUGCUCUGCAACAUAAUGCACUAGCAAAGUCUCCAGAAACAUAGAGCAUAGCCAAUGAAUAGAUUUGUGCCAUGUGGUGUCACAGUUAAUGUAGAGAGAGAGAGAGAGAGAGACUAGUCCUCAAUCAGUUUGUCUCAUUGAUUUUGCAUUAAGUAUCUCAAGUGUUUAUCACCAUAGAGUAAACCAUUUUCUUCUUUUUUAAGUCGAGCAAUUUUGGACCCAUGUCACCAAGUAUAUUCAAAUGAAUUAAAAAUAUGGCGACAAUGAUGAUAUGUUCGAGACAA